AUGAUUGCAGCAAACGUCACUUCUCUUCCAUCGGGAGAUUCACCCGACUUGAUUUUGGUCCCUGCCACCCCCGAGGAACGCAUCGCUUCUAUCAAGCUCAACAGCAUUGCUUGGAAAGGACCAUUGAAUAUCGAAACCUAUAUUGCGCGUGAAGACCAUUUAUUCGCCCAACGACUGACCCGCGACGGCCUGACAUGCUGGAUACUAGUCGACAAGUCCGAACCCGAGGGCGAGCGCACAAUCCUCAGCUCCUGCGAAACAUAUCAGAAGAAAGCACUACUGGCACAUAACGGCGAAGUGGAAAAUGUCUCCACACACGGCAUCGGGAGCGUUUACUGCAGACCCGAAUUUCGGGGGAAAGGAUAUGCGAAACGGAUGUUCCAAGAAUUAAGCGUGAAAGUUGAUACAUGGAAGAUGGAGAAAGAGAAAAGGGGUCGAUCUCUAUUUACAGUUCUUUUUUCUGACAUUGGGAAGAAUUUCUAUGCUCAGUUUGGAUGGAAGCCGUUCUUAUCUUCGCAUAUGAGUCUGCCACCACUCCCGAAGCAAGAGCUGUCUAAUGGGGCAGCGGUGAAACAGAGUGAAACCAAGGUUCUAUGUGCAGCAGAUGUGCAGAAACACAUUUGCAAUGAGACCGUUAUAAACAAGUUGAGGGAUCAGCUGCAUGAUGCUUCACAGGCUACACCUGGUAGUAUGAUUGCGAUUAUGCCCGAUUACGAUCAUUUCGUGUGGCAUUGGGCCCGGGAGGAGUUUUUUGCAGAGAAGCUUUUGCCGAAUCGCUCUUCGCCUGUGAUUAAGGGUGCUGGAAAUGACUUGGCUCGUGUGUAUUGUUCUUGGACUAGGAACUUCGGCGAAACCCCCGAGGAUAAUGUUUUGUAUAUCCUGCGAUGGGUCUAUGAUGAUCCUACCUCGAAAGAAGAGGAACAGACUUUGGUUGAUGCCAUGGUUGCCAUUUUGCGGCAGGCACAGCAAGAGGCGCAUGAGUGGAAUAUGAGCAAGGUCGAGUUUUGGAAUCCGACACCAUUACUGCAGAAGGCGGUUUCGAUUUUGGACUCAGACGCUCAGAUUGUGCAUCGUGAGAAGAGCAGUAUUGCUAGUUUGCGUUGGACUGGUGCGGAGAAGGGACUUGGUAAUGAUGUGGAAUGGUUCCUGAACGAGAAGUAUGCUUGGUGUUGA